UAAGAACCGUGGUACAAAUACAGCAGCAAGCAGAAAAUGACAUGCAAAAAUAUUGUCCAUAUUUUUCCUUAUAAAACGUCUUGUACCUAAGAUAAGAAAUCAUCAGUUCUGUCCAACAGCUAAUCAUGGAUAUUCAGUCAUAUCUUCAGUCUCUUCCAACUCCUUCCAUUCUGAUCAUCUCCUUUGUUUUAUGCUCAUGGUUUUACUAUCAAUAUUCUUGGUACGACAGAAAUGCGAAAAAGAACAGCUCAAUACCCACAAAUUGGCCUCUACUUGGGAUGCUACCAGCAAUUAUUCAGAAUGCUCACCGAAUUCAUGAUUAUGGGACUCAAGUCCUUAUUGAAAGUGGGGGAACUUUUGAGUUCAAAGGGCCCUGGUUUACCAAUGUUGACUUUUUUGUGACUUGUGAUCCUGCUAACAUCCAUUACAUCUUCAGCAAAAACUUCCCAAACUAUCCAAAGGGUCCUGAAUUCCGGAAAAUGUUCGAUGUCUUGGGGGAUGGCAUCUUCAAUGCAGAUUAUGAGCUGUGGGAAAUCCACAGGAAAGUUACUUUAUCAAUAUUUCAUCAGCCUGAUUACCAGAAACUCCUUCAGGAGACUGUGCUGGAGAAAGUGGUGAACGGGCUACUUCCGGUCCUGGAGAGUUUCUCGAGCCAGGGCGCCGAGUUUGAUUUGCAGGACAUACUUCAGAGAUUUACUUUCGAUUGCUUCUCCCGACUGCUUCUUGACUAUGACCCAGAAAGCUUGUCCUUGGAGUUACCACACAUUCGAGCCCAAUAUGCAUUUCUCGACGCCGAGAAAGCCAUUUUCAGAGGCACAUCUUGCCUGAGAGCUGCUGGAAGCUCCAAAAUGGCUUGAUUUUGGGAAAGAAAAGAAGCUAAGGGAAGCUUGGGACGACCUUGAUCAGUUCAUUUACCCUUGCCUUGAAAAGAAAUUGACACUUCUUACUAGUUCCACUUCAACUUCAAAGCAAUUCGAAAACGGCUUAAAUGCUUUCAUUCAGGCUUACAAAUCAACUUGUUCAAGUUCGAGUUCAAAAAAUAUCAAUCGUCCAGAAGUCACAAAGCUGUUCCUCAGGGACGCUUUUUUGAGCUUAAUGGUCGCGGGAAGAGAUACAGUUAGUACGGCCCUCGCUUGGUUUUUCUUCCUCCUAUCGAAAAAUCCUUCUGUGGAAGACAAUAUUCUCAAGGAAGUCAAAGCCAAAUUGUGUCUUCAAAAUGACCCGAAUCAUCAACCAAUAUGCAACUUAUUCGAGUCCCAAAAACUUGUCUACCUCCACGGCGCAUUGUGCGAAGCUCUUCGGCUUUUUCCACCAGUUGCGCUUGAACACAAGGAGCCUAUAAAUGAUGAUGUUCUUCCCAGUGGUCAUUUUGUUAAUGCCAACACGAAAUUGAUCUUGUUCUUCUACUCCACGGGAAGAUUGGAGUCCAUAUGGGGAAAAGAUUGCUUAGAGUUUAAGCCGGAGAGAUGGGUAACGAAGCAGGGAGGGAUUCGACACGAACCAUCGUUCAAAUUUCCGGCGUUUAAUGCCGGACCAAGGACUUGUUUGGGGAAGGAGAUUGCUUUCGUGAUGAUGAAGGUUUCUGCAGCUUCUAUCAUCCAUAAUUUCAAAGUCCAUCUUGUGGAAGAUCAUCCUGUCAGCCCUAGCGACUCAGUAAUCAUACAAAUGGAACAUGGUUUAAAGGUCAAGCUUGAAAAAAGAAACAAAAAAAUGUAGAUUAAUAUACUUUUAGACAUGAUGAGGAUCAUAAUCAAGUCCUUCAUGCAUGGGUGCUUGCUUAUUUAGCUCAAAUGGUGAAGAAGUUUUAAUGUCAUGAUGCAAAAUAAUGUAACUAUCAGAAAUUUUGUAUUAUCUCUGUCAAAAAAAUAGUUUACGUUAAGUUUUAAAACUUAUAUUAAAAAUAUUACAAAACUCAAAAUUUAAUGUGGACUAUUUUAUUUCAUUUUUUUAGAGAGGGAG